CAGACACAGGAAGAACCCCAUUGACAUGUGCCAGUUUAGUGUUUGAGUUGGCCAGAAAAUGAGUUCAUGAUGCACACCACCAAAUCCAAAGUCCCCCAUCAAAGUCAAUCAUCAUCCAACAAAAUACCCAAUUCACCCACUUGUCCUAUAAUCUACUAACACUACUUUGUGUGUGUGUGUGUGUGUGUGUGUGUAUAUAUACUCUUGAGUUUCUGACACUAGCACUGACACUGACACGGACCCAAACCCAAAACACCAUCAAAUUCGAAAUCCCGGCAUGGAAAACCGCCGGAAAAAGUCGAGUUCCGGUGAGAUCUUCUCCUUCCCUAGUACCCCAAAUGAGGACAGCCAAAACUCGGACUUCGAAUUCGGGUGCUUGACACCUGACUCUCCCUCUCAGGAUCCUCACAGAGACUCCCCUGCCGAUCAUCUCUUCUGCAAUGGCCGUCUCUUGCCACAUGCUUUUCCCAGCCCGCAGCGGACGGCGAUGGCGCGGCUCACGCACAGCAGCUCUCGAGCCACGAGCAGGACAAGCAGCGUCAGCAGUAAAGACUCGCUAAUGUCGUCCAGGAGCAACAGCACCAACAGCAGGAGCAGCAGGAGCAGCAGUUGCAGCAGCGCGAGAACAAGCUCUAGCGACAACUCGGAGAGGAGAAUGCUGUAUUACACCAGAGUUUCUUCGCGCAGCAAGAACUCCACGACAAUGGCGAGCAAGCUGGUAACUGCCCAGUUAUAUGGGUCUUCUCAGAGAUGGCAGUACAUCACUCCUGUGCCCGUUGCAGCUCUGAAACGCGAAGGUUCGAAGAGGAAAAACAGCGUUUCCGGCCGGGUUAUUAUCGGGAAAGAAGAGUUGAAAAAGACGAAAUCAAACGAGUUGCGUAGAGAGGAGAAGAGUAGUAGACGCAGGAGCACAAAGCCUGGGCCUUGCAGAAGAUUCUUCAGGUCUUUGUUGCUAGCCUGCAAAGAAUGUCACGCCAUGGAACCCUCAAGAAAAGAUGAUUUGCUAUAAGCAUAAUAUCCUUGUCUGCGACGAAUCCUGAAAAUUUUGAGCUUCCUUUUUCUUUUCAACUCAUUUUCUUGGUUGGUUUUGCUUUUAGGUUUCGGAAAACCAAAGGAAAAUUUGAAGGAUUUUCGAAUCUUCAAGGAAAACAUCAAAAGGGUCUUCUUCUUUUCUUCUAUAAUUAUUUGGGUAUGAUUUUGUUCUUGUAAUAAUCAUUGCAAGAAGCUUAUAGUGUUCUGUAAAGGUAACUACAACAAUCACCAUCCCCCAG